AUGGCGAACUAUGCCUAUGACCAUGGCCGCCCCAGCACGCCCACAGGUUCCCAGAGGACAUGCAGGCAAAACGCUUCCAUGCGUGCUCUCAACACCGCCCAGCCCAGACACGAGACUUUCUUCGACGACGCGACCCCCGUAGACCACUCCGCCGAAAAGCCCCUCUACAACUCGCUGCGUGACUCCCACGACCUCACCUUUGCCGAGCACGGCAAUGUGCGGGACUCGGUCGUCGACAACAUGCUGCUCUCGCUCGACCAAUUCUCCACGGGCAAUCUGUUUGGCGGUGGCAGCUCAAGCUCACAGUACGCAGGAGGUUAUGCCGAAGACGACUUCUUCCUGAGAGACAGCUCGUAUAGGCCGCCCGGGCCACGCCAUCGGGGGCACACCUACACCUCCUCGCGCUCCUCUGACUACGACCUGGGCUCCUACGAGCCGUCCCGGUACACGGCCCAGCACUCGCGCGCACGGCGGAGCAACAGCAGCAAUAACAUUGGCACUCCCGUAGCCCGCAAGUCCAGCACCAGAGACAUCUAUUCGAGCAGACAGGUCAACAGCCCUUAUGGCCUCCAGCAGCUGGGACACCUAAGAGGCGGCCCCAACAAGGGCAGCAAGGGAAGCAGCACCUCGAGCAUGGACUUUGGCCCAUCUGCUGGUUUGAGCAAUCAGCGUAUGGGCUUUGGUAAACGCUCUGCCAGCUUUGACCACAGCAAUGCCAGUGAUCGAGGGAGAAUCUCGCCUCUCAAAGUUGAAUCAGUCUUGGACAGAGGGAGAAUGGCAUACCAGCAUAGCUACACAGACGAAUACGACGCUGCACCCGAGCCCACCAUUCCAGCAGGCCCACGAAAACUCCAGGAACCACCGCUGUCGCCCCUCGCCCUCCCUCCCCAGCCCUCCUAUGUAUCUUCGCAGGCAGCUCGGCCUGGGCGCAGAGGCAGCGUGCGCUCCAAUACGAGCUACAGGACGCUGCGGAAGAACAAGAGUCAGCCAGGUCCGAACAUGAGAGCUCAGGCGCAGGAGUUUGUCAAUGCGAGCACGUUGCGAGAGCUGCCGCCUGUGCCGCUAUGGCAUGACCCUUCUGCUCCUUCGCCCGGCGUCGCUGCCCGAAGCCCACUGUUUCCUUCACAGUCCCCGGCAGCUGCAUCAAAACCUGGCUUCUUCAGACGUGUUUUUGGCGGAGGAUCAUCCAAAGCUCAACCGCAACUGUCAACUGUUUCAGCUGUGUCGCAUGCGACAACCACGACGCAGAGGGAUCCGUCCCCAGCCUCGGUUCGACAGCAACCCGCAGAUGUCAAUUCGAUAUAUUCCAUGGCGCGACCGCGCACAACACCAAGCAACAAUGGCCACAUUGCCACGCAACUGAAAUCAAUACCCAAAGCGCCGCCGACGGCCUCGUCGGUGCAAAUGGACACAUCACUAUCCCAAUUACCGGCACUAGGCAAGAAGCCUUCGUCCUUCUUCAGACGUCGGAAGAAGUCUAUGACCGAGUCUGUCAAGCCGCCACUCAUGCCGGUUGACGUGACACAGCCGCAGAAGCCGAUAUUGCCCGCCCAGCCUAGUCCCGGCGUUAGCAGUCUGCGCCAGGUUAUGAACCCGUAUCUCAAUGAUGCAGGGCGUGCGGGGGAGCGGACCCACGAAGGACAAGACGAGCAGUCUGGGGACGAUGCAGUCAACGGCGAACGGCCCCUGGGCUUUUCGCCUGGCUAUAAACCACACAAGGAUGCAACCUGGAGCAACAACACAGGCAGUCCCAAACUCAAGCUGAAGCUAAAGCACGGCCGACAAACAAUUCCGCAACCACAGGAAGACAGCUUCCUCGCCGACAGCAGCAGCUGCAACGAAGACUAUAGUGGACGCGCGACCCCGACGGGCGACCAGAGUGGCGUCGACCAUGUGCGGAGACCGAGCACAGGCCCCGCUGCGUCGUCGCUCAAGCAGAUUGGGGGAAGGAGCAGCCGCAAGCCGUCUGUCGACCACAAGACGGACUUGUUAGCAUCCCACGAAAAAGUAACUUCCAGGGGUGCAUUAGUGUCUCAGUCGGCGUCGGAGGGCGACGAAGGCUGGCUCAUCACCGCAUCAAGUGAAAAGGUGCACUUCUCCAACUCCAAGAGCCCCGCGGCGAAACGAGUCUGGCUUGAUACAACUCUCCCGGACUCGCUCGGUGAUACCACGGAUAACCUGAAGCUACCCCUGGAAGGCGCCCACUCAUCCCAGCAAUCUUUGGACCAGACAUCGCCACAGUCGACUCAAGACAAGUCUCCCAUAUCGCCUGAUGACGUUUUCCAUUCCGCCUCAAGCCUGCCCAUAGUGCAGGUUGAAAGCCGCGAGUCCACCGAAAUGCCUUCGGCUACCCAGGACCGCUCCACGCACACCGAACCCACCGAUGCUGAGCGUGAGCGUGCAUUCCAAAUCUACAGCGGCGAUGACUCCUCCAGUCUCAAGGCUCAAGCUGCUGCCAUGCUGGGCGAUGUCACUUUGUCCAGUACCAGGACCCGCAAAGCCUUUAUGGACCUAUUCGACUGGACUGGCUUCAACAUCUUGGCUGCCAUGCGUGACCUCUGCGGCAAGAUCAUUCUCAAGGCUGAGACCCAGCAAGUUGAUCGUAUCUUGAUGAGCCUUUCUGAGCGCUGGUGUGAAUGCAACGCCAACCACGGCUUCAAGGCAGUUGACGUUGUGCACACCAUUUGCUACUCGAUUCUCCUGCUCAACACAGAUCUGCACUUGGCUGACAUCGAAUCGAGGAUGACCCGUAGUCAAUUUGUCCGAAACACGCUCCCUACCGUAACCCGCGUAUGCCAAGACGCGGUCAAAGCUGCCGCUGACGAAACGCUGAGGCCUCAUUCGACGCAACUCAGAAGACCCUCUUUGCCUUGGAACGACAAAUCAGAGCCUAAUUCGCCAGGUGCAGACACUACCGCUUUCCCUGCAGAUGCACCCGAGGAACCCAUGGAGGCUAGAAAGUCCCGUAGCCGCCUCUCUAUCCGACCCCCUGUACGGAGCGGCUCCGAAGGUCUGCUGAAUUUCGAUUCUGCGGCGUCCGAGCCCAAUACGCUCGUAAACACACCGUACAACGGGCCCAUGCGAGGUUGGGAGUUCCAGAUCGAGACUGUACUCAAGGAGUUUUACGAUUCUAUCCGCAAGCAACGCUUGCCCCUGCAUGGAUCUUCCGAAGUUACGGUUCAUCACCAGCCUUCAUCUAACAAUCUUUCCGUGGGUGGCAUGCUACGCCGCACUCCAAGUGUGCUGAGCAAAGCACCUUCCGACAAUGCGAGCUACCGUGGCCGCUCCCAGAACGACUUCCGGAGUAUGAGCAACCGCUGGGCUUCUAAGAACCGCUCAAAGCAGAAGCUGUACCCCUCAUCUACUGUAGCUUCUAGCCGCACCAGCCUGGAUGAUCAAUCCGUAUGGAGUCCUGCAGGGUCAAGCACUUGGAGCCGUUACUCGUAUGGCAAAACUGGGACAUCUUUGUCAGUCGACUCACUCGGUUCGCAUUUUGCAAAUGGCGAUUAUCAACAGGCUAUCGGCUUUGCCAAUGCUCUUAGCCAAGCUAUCAUUCGCGAGGAAGGCAUGACGAUUGCUAGCGAUGAAGAGUUCUCUCGCGUUGCCCCACUUUUGGAAGACGAGACCCUGGAGCUUGUUGGUGCUCCCUGGGCUAAAGAGGGUAUCCUCAAGCACAAGCGACAUCUUGAGGGAGUGGACAGAAAGGCCAAAGACCGGGCAUGGAACGAGUGCUUUGCUGUAGUCGAGAAGGGCUGCAUGCGUUUGUUUUCUUUCAGCAUGAACUCAAAGUCGGUGAGGCAGAAGAGCAAGUUGCGACCAUCUGCUGGCGGCGUUGUGGGAGGUGGUAACUGGAUGGACAAUGCCGAAGCCCUCGACAGUUUCCAGCUGCGGCAGACAAUUGCCAGUGCGCUACCUCCACCAGGGUAUUCUAAGACAAGGCCCCAUGUGUUUGCGCUUUCGCUUCCCAACGGCGCUGUUCACCUCUUCCAGGUCGGAACACCUGACAUCUGCCGCGAAUUCGUGACCACCGUCAACUACUGGUCUGCACGCCUCUCCAAGGAGCCUUUGAUGGGAGGCGUCAGUAGCAUGGAGUACGGGUGGGGUGAGAAUGUCAUUAACCCAGCUCUGAUCCGCCAGGAUAGUGCGCCUUCCGUCCAAGGUCACAUGCCACGCCCGAGUGUUGCCAGCUCCAUUCGUAGUUCGAUGGACCAUGGCACAAACACACCCAAACCCAGACUUCCCGGCGACAAGGUUGUGCUCUCCGAUUGGAGCCCGCCAGCAUCCAGCAUGAUGGCUAGCACCCUAAUGGAGGUGGACCAGCUCAGAGCUCUAACCGACUAUGUUAAGAACAUUGAGAACGAGCUCUCGCACCACAACGAACUGAGAGCACCUUUGCUCAUAGCAUUCUCGCCUCGUCACCCCAAUGCCGCCAAGGCCAUGGCCAACUGGGAACGCAAGUCCCAGUACCUUCUCCGGGAGAUAGUCAAGUUCAGAACCUACAUCGAUACGCUCUCAACUGCGCAAGCGGCGAAGCAAAAGAUCUAUGCUGAGCGUGAAGCUCGCGAAAAGGAGAUGGAAGACUCUGACCGGGGUGCAGAGACUGACACCAGUGCGAAAUUCACUGAAGAUGAUGGUGCGCAAGAAGCUUCCGAGCCUCCUGCAUCACAGCCCAUGCCAAACCCUGCCCUACCGGCAGCUUUCCCUUUACACCCAUGA